GACAGACAGCUGCAACACCUGAUCGUCACAUAUAUACUGAUAUCAUUUAAAUUAUUUAAGUAUUUUUAAAUAACGUCAAUAUAAAUUGUCCCUAUUUGAGAAACUAUCAACUUGUCUCUAUAUGAAUCGUCUGAUUUAUAACGUAUCAUAUUUUAUAACGUAUUUGUUUGCAGAAAAAUGGAUUAUAACGUAUUUUUUUGCAGAAAAGUAUUUAUAGAAUGUGACUUUCUUGUUGACAGACGAGGAGUUGGUGUUCAGAGACCGUUGGGGGGGGCUGACGCUGUUCAACGUCCGCAACUUCACCACCAGGCUGCUGAUGAGCAACUCCACCUUCAAAUUUCCCUCAUAAUAUUCCAACACAAAGCCCGCCCACUAGGCCUGGUAGGCUCUCUCGAUAGCAACGGUGACAUCCUUAAACCCCUGGAUAUAGCAAAAUCCGAUUACCUACAUCUUUGCAUAAAGGAUCGCUUCUGUCGAACAUUGUAUAGAGAGCUGAAUGCUGUCGACUUCAAGGUGUCGGCGGACAUGAAGUUUGUCCUCCUUAUAUCUGACGUCAGGCCAGGCUGGAGGCACGCGCGCCUUGCGAGAUACCACGUCUAUGACGUCAUCAACAGGAACAAAAUCCCCAUAUCUCCUGUGGAGGAUGACCGGUCAGCUCCCCUGCUGCAGUACGCGGAGUGGUCCCCCACGGGCUCAAGUCUGGUAUUCGUACACGACAACGACAUAUAUUACAAACCCAGAGUCCUCAAGACACUCGUCUGCAGGAUCACUAAUACUGGUAUUCCAGGUGUAAUUUUCAAUGGGGUACCAGACUUCCUCUACGAGACUGAAGUCCUCCGCCUGGACCGAGCCCUGUGGUUCAGUCCCGACGGUCAGACGCUCAUGUUCGUUACAUAUAACGACAGCAUGGUGCAGCAACACAAGUACCCCUGGUAUGGGCUCGAUCAGCCUGAACCGCCAGCCUAUCCCUCUAUACGAACUCUGAGGUAUCCCAAGGUGAACACAAAUAAUCCAGUGGUCACAAUAUACGUGGUGAGCCUGAAAACGCCCAAGUUUUUGUUUCCACACGCGUUACAAUUCAGUUCACAGGUGGACAAAUCGUGGUAUGUGCGGUGGAGUGGCUGGAUGUCCGAGAAGCAGGUAGCCGUUCUGCUGCUGAACCGGCCUCAGAACUAUUCCAUCAUCAGCAUCUGCAGCGCGGUUCAGUAUAACUGUCAAGAUAUAUAUCGCGAUGAGACUGACGGCACGCGGUGGUCGGGGCUCGGGGCGGAGCCCGACGACGAGCAGUGCGGCUGGUGCGGCGCCGCCGCCCUCCUCGCCUCCAGUUCUCAAUUGACAUUCCCUUGUCGCGCCGGCGCCGCCAGGGACGGCGUGUUCACAUCGAUGCCGGUGGCGGACGCGGGCGGCACGUGGCGGCACGCGGUGCGCCUCACCGCCGACUCGCGCUCCACACUCACGCAGGGCAACUUCGAGAUCACCUCGCUGCUCGCCUGGGACGAUAGGAGAAAAUUUCUGUAA